UUGACACUCAACUUGACCAACCCACUCCUCUACAACCGCAAGUCGCAAAUUAUUCGCAUCAUCAUGGUCGGCCCUACUGCCUCUCUCUCCCCCCUGGUCCGCGCCGACGGCUCAGCCUCCUACCAGUGUCCCUCCACGGGAUCCAACAUUCUCGGAUCCGUCAACGCGCCUGUCGAGCUCCCCGGACGCCGUGACGCCCUGAAGCCGGAGGAUGCCACCGUGGAAGUGUUCGUCAAGCCGGGAACUGCCCCCGCUAGUGUGGGUGAGCGCUAUGUGGAGGGCAUCAUCCGAGGGGUUGUUGGAAGAUUGAUCUUGGGGAGAGAACGGGGCUACCAGCGUCGCGGCGUCGUGAUUACGCUCGCCAUUGUCGGCGGUGAAAACGUCAGCAGAGGAGACUCGUAUCUAACUCUCCUGCCCGCCCUCCUCCAUACCGCACUUUUGGCUUUGCUGUCAGCCUCCGUCCCCCUGUCCAUGACUUUUUCCGCGACCGUCUUAUCUGUCGACGCUGCUGGAAAAAUCACCCGCGAGCCAUCCGCAGAGGACGCCGCCGCUGCGAAGUCCCUUCACGUCCUCGCAUUCUCGUCUAAGGGUCAUCUCCUGUUGAACGAGAGCCAAGGGGCUUUCGACUUCGACACCUGGGAAAGGGUUCGCGAGCGCGCGUCGGCGAUCUGUCACGGAACCUCUGUGGGCGAGGAUGGAGACGUUGCCAUGGUUGAGAGUGCAGAUGGCCAGCCUUUGGAGGGCACUAUCCGGGAGACUGUUGAAGACCAGGUCCACCGGGAUUACUCCUGGAAGAUCGACGCUGCGUGAUCACUCCCUGUACAUCACGACACAAUCUCUAGUCGUGACGCACGGCUACGUCCCGAGCGCUCAGUGGUGCUCACAGCCGUCCGUCGUGGCUAUCUCCGGGCGGCUUUCACGGUGUACUACCUAUGCCGCCACCUCGGCAUUUUGGGAGGUCUCGAAAGUACCAACCCGGCCCAGAUACUGUUGGUGUGCACGGGACUUUCUUGGCGCGCGUAGGAUGAUGGUUCUACGGCAUUCCACUGGCGGAUACGACGGAUAACAUGGGAAGGAUCUCAUCUCCAAAUCCCAAGCCAAUGACUGGUCCAGGGCAAGGGACGUGCGCGAUGGGAGUCGACAUCUCAGACGAGCUCCUGACGGAGACAUUCCGGCGUUAAGGUCGGCGUCCAGUAAACCACAUGGGGUAUGGGGCACUAUAGCGGAUAGGAUAUUAAUAGACGUGACUUGUUAGGGAGAAAUGCAUGUGGUGUCGGAUAGGAU